CUCGUGGCGCAUUUUCGGAGACACCUUGCUUUAGAAACGGUUCCAUCAUGGCGUGUAAAUAGGAGGUCGGAGUGCGCAACGCGACCGUGUGUUCAAAAAUGACUGAUUAACUAGGUUUUUGCGUGUUUUCUAGUGUGAUUUGUGGUGAAAAGUGAGUUUGAGUGCCUUGGAUUACCGAAAAUGGCUCAAGAACUCGUUCUGCACAGCCCCGUUGGAGCAGAGCCCGUUGUUUAUCCGUGGCCGCUCAGCUCGGGAGGAGAGAAAGGCGAUGGCGCUGUUGAAAUUGUUGAUACCAUUCGGUGGGUGUGCGAGGACCACCCGGAGCUCGAGUCGGCCAUCAAGAACAACAUCCUGACGGACUACGACACGCGCAGCUUCGACAGCAUGAAGGCGCUGUGCGACAAGUACAACAGGGCCAUCGACAGCAUCGUGCAACUGGAAAAGGGUACAUCUUUAGGACAGAGGAUCAGCAAGCAGCCCUCAAGAGGACUGCUACGGCAUAUAUUGCAGCAGGUGUACAACCAAGCUGUGCUAGAGCCAGAAAAAUUAAAUCAAUAUGAACCAUUUUCACCAGAGGUUUAUGGGGAAACAUCUUAUGAUUUAAUUUGUCAAAUGAUAGAUGAAAUUGAGAUAACUAGCGAUGAUGUCUUUCUGGAUCUUGGAUCUGGAGUUGGGCAGGUUGUUCUUCAAAUGGCUGCAGCUACACCGUGCAAAAUUUGCCUAGGUGUUGAAAAGGCAGAUGUGCCCUCUCGUUAUGCUGAGCAAAUGAGUUCACAUUUUAAGAAGUGGAUGGGCUGGUAUGGAAAAAAGUAUGGAGAAUACAAACUUUUGAAAGGAGACUUUCUCACUUCAGAGUAUCGUGAAAAAAUUACCAGUGCUUCCAUUGUAUUCGUCAACAAUUUUGCCUUUGGUCCAACUGUUGACCAUUCAUUGAAAGAGCGGUUUGCAGACCUGAAAGAUGGCGCUCGUAUUGUAUCAUCAAAAUCAUUUUGCCCAUUGAAUUUUCGGAUAACUGACAGAAACCUUUCAGACAUUGGAACAAUUAUGCAUGUCUCUGAAAUGACGCCUCUACGUGGAUCAGUGUCAUGGACAGGGAAACCUGUUUCUUACUAUUUACAUGUUAUUGACAGAACUAAGUUGGAACGCUACUUCCAGAAGUUAAAGAAUCCCAGGACACGGGUACGCGAAAAGCGAGAUGUCAAUGUGCCAAUGUUGACUGACAAGUCUAACUCCAAUAGUGGAUUUAUAUCUUCAAACUGCAAUUCAGACUCCAACUCAAAUACUGAUUUGCCAGCAAAUGGUCUGCGUGCUACUCGCAAUGCAAAACGCGAAGCUGUUAACCAAAUGAGUGUUGAUGACUCUGAUUCAUCUGAUUCUGAGGCGGACAAUGCUCGUAAGGUGUGGUCUGUUUUUCCAAGUGGGAACAGCAGUGGCAGUGAUGAGGAGAACAAUAAUGCAUCUAGUGGUCGUGGCAGACAGGCAAAAAAGAAAAAUGGUAGGAAACUACCUGGUCGACCCAGUAAGGGGGCCGUAGCUGGGUCAUCAUCACCCUUCCCCAUGCCAACACAGCGAGCUCCGGUUCGAGGCAAACCUCGUGGGCGAGUCAAGAAGGCCAAACCGAAAAAAGCUAUAAAAAUAACCGGACUAGACCUCCUACACAGCCAGACUUUACUGAGUACCUCUCCGCAAGCCUCUGGUAAAAAGCUUCCUCCAGCUCGGGGCUGCGUGGACCAGCAGUUGACAAGCUUGGCAGUGAUAGGUCCCACUCUGGUACAUGAGGAGUUGGAAAUCCCUGCUGCUCCAGCUGAUACACCCUAUGCCCUUCAAAUUCUUCUGGACAUGUUCAGAACUCAAUAUAUGCAGGCUGUGGAGAACAUGAAGAGCUCCACCUAUCGCAUGCAGGUUCAAGAUCAAAUAGAUCGGGAGAAAGAUCAAAAUGAUAAAUUAAAAAGCCGAGCUGCCCAGUUGGAAAAGCAAAUAAAAGUACUCAUUGAUGACAGUGUUGUUUUACUUAAAGCACGUAUGACGGAACUUGAUAUCAAUGCCACAUCACCGGUUGAUCUACUUGCCAAAGCCAAAGAAAUUGUUAUGCGGCAUAAAGAUCUUCAAUCAAAAGCGGCUCGUCUUCAAACUCAGGUUACCACACUCGAGCAAGACCAGGUUAAAUUAGCCUGUCUUCGACACCAAGACGUCCAUGACUCAAACAGGAAGAGUGGCACCAAGUAUGUCCCGCCACCCCUGGCUAAUGUGGGCGUUGCACCCUCGCAACAGCUGGAGGUGGUGCAGGAGCACAUUCUGCGAGAGAUCUCUGCCACUCUAAGCUACCGCAAGAAGCUCAAGAGCAAGGUAUCAAAACUGGAAGCUGAACUUGGUCCUGUUGUCGCCCAAUCCGACCCUAUAAGUCAACCCCCCUUAAUAUCACCGGGUGGCAAGCGUAAACCAAGAGAUGUCAGGACAAGAUCUCAGGAUUGGCCAGACGUUCCUCAUGUUGGCCGCAUUCAGGAACAAAAUCCUGAAAUUUUGGCGCAGAAGAUACUAGAAACUGGACGUCAGAUUGAGCAAGGGAAGAUCAGGGAGUCUGGACAUCCACCUCAGGUUGCGCACCAUGGUGCUCCUCAUGCCCAGCCUGCAUUGCCUGCAUUGCCUGCACAUUUACCCACUCAUACACCCGGCCCACCCUCUGCUCACCCAACAGGACUACCGCAUGCUAUCAAUGAUAGCCUGAGUCCAGUUCAAGCGAAGUACCCCCCACAGCUUGACAGUAACCCUCCAAGCACAGGCCACUCGAUGAACCCAUUGGGUGCCACAGACUUCCGCUCGUCACCGUAUUCUGGAGUGCCUGGUGCACAAGGGAAAGCCAUUGGUUUGGAUUCUUACCAACAGGCCCAGGUUCAAGCUCAGCAAGCACAGGCUCAGAUUCAGGCUCAGCAAGCACAGGCUCAGAUUCAGGCGCAGGCUCAAGCACAAGCUCAGGCCCAGUUUCAAGCCAGGCCACGAGGUGUCGUGCAACAAAGACAAGAAAUUGGCAAAGUUCUGCCUCCGAAGCCUGCUCCCAAACCACCACCAGCCCGAGACAACAAGCCUGUUAGCUUUACCGGGAGCCGUGUGCAGGAGUCGCCCAAAGUGGAUAACUUUGAGGACCGCCUUAAGAGUAUAAUAACCAGUGUGCUGAACGAAGACCAGCAGCAGAGAGAGCAGAAACUGCAACAGCAAAAUGGUAUGACUCCACCACCCCAAGUACCUCAGCAGCAGCAGCCAUCACAACAGCAGCAGCAGCAACUGCAGAAACUGCGGAUGAUGUCUGCUCAGCAUCAACAGCAGUUGCAGCACCUGCAGGCUGCUUCCCAACCCUCUCCCCAGGCACAGCAACACCCGUCACUUGUGCAGCAGCACAUUCUAGCCCAACAGCAGGCUCUGAUGCAACACCCGAGUCAUUCAGCCUCAAUCGCCCAAGGGUCUCUGAGCGGCCCUUACCCUGGCCAGAGUGGUUACUACUACAAUGGAAGUGGAGCGGCCAGUGCCAGUGGGGCUUCUGGGCCACCGUCCGCUCUAGAGCAUGGGCCUGGCUCUCACUUGGCAGUGCAGGGCCACGGCCUUGGCCACGGCCUCGGCCAUCCGCACUCCCAGCGUGCCCUGUCUCCGUCCUCGGUCCCAGCCAAGGGGCCCCUUCCCCAUCCCCACGCCCACGCCCAUCCUGCAAGGAAAGCGGGCACUCCGUCCAGCCAGCCCGGCCCUGGCGGCCCUGGCGGCCCGCCCCUGGGCCCCCCGCUCGGGCCGCCCCUGGUGCCGCCCCCUGGCCCGCACGGCCCGCACGGCCACCCUGCGGGACCGCCGCCACCGCCUCGCAGCGUGUCUGUCCUCCAGCAGCAGGCGCAGCAGUCCUCGCACAGUGCCCAGCCCGACUACACGCAGGUGUCGCCGGCCAAGUUGGCUCUGAGAAGACAUCUCUCGCAAGAGCGGCUAGCCGCAGCCUCUGCGGAGCAGUUGCAAGGCCAUGAUGGUAAAGCAGCCAUUGCUAUGCGGAGCAUUGGCGACCUUGUUUCUGGGGAAAUUGAACGCACAUUGGAAAUUUCCAAUCAAUCAAUAAUUGAUGCAGCUGUGGACAUGAGUGCAUUUCCGAGUGCUUCACAAGGCCCCCGUCCUAACACUUCUACUCCCUCCUCCACCCCACACUCUGUUGUCAACGCCAACAUCCCACCACGCCCUGAAAGGGUCAGCAUUCGCCCAGACACGCACGGCAUGAGAUUAAGUCGAGCGGGUGAGGAUGGCAGUAGUGCUGGAGACAAUGUGUAUCCACCAAGCUUGCGUCCUGAAGAAGCUGUGCCGGCUUUGGAAGGUUUAGCGUAUCCACAGCACAGACCAAAAUCCCCACCCAACUUACACCAUGGACUGGCCACUCUAGCCCAUGCUGCCUUCAACCGGAAUCCCAUCCACUACCCCAACAGCAGCCAGCUGGGCAGUCAGCUGUCCCCAUCGUCUGCUGGUGCCAGCCAGGCGAGCCAGGCGAGUCAGGCGAGCCACUCUCCAGGGCCUGGCCACUCAUCAUCCCAUUCUCGUAGUAGACCACCAAGUGUUCCGUACACUCCACUUCCUCGUGCUGACAUCAAAAUCAACUAUGCAUCUUACUUUACUGAUUCAAAACCCCCAUUGGCAGCUAGCAAGGCAUCAUCAAGGAGUGAAACUGGCAGUGGAGAGUAUGCUCCUGUGGAAGGACUGGCUGCCACUUUGCAUGCCCGUAUUCUGAAUGGCGAGGAAAGGACUGGUUCUGGUACACCAGGUCCAUCUGCUGUGACUAUCAAAGAAGAAGCGGAAGAGGGGCCCCACAUUUUAAUGGCUGCAGAUAGUUCAAGAUUACCUCAUGAGCCUUCUCCUGACCUCGACCCAGAAAGAACACGUUCCGCCGAUGGGCAUCGAGAAGACCUUCCUCAGUCGUGCAGUGCUGACUCGAGCAUGAAGUUGGAAGCUAGCACCGUUGAACCCUCCAAUGAAAGACCGGCGUCUCGUCCGGACAGGCCAGAUAGACCCCCAAGCAAAAGAGCAUCACCACUCAUACAUGGUCCUUCACGCCCGUACAAGAAACAGUGUGUGGAUGCUGCUGAUAAUGACGGUGAAGUUCCUGGAAUGCCUAUAUCACCUAGAAGUAGUCUUUUAGCACCUUCAAGUUCAGCUCCAGUGCCUUACCCUGCUGAAGAUCGUUCCCCUGAUGACAAUGAAAUAGAUGAUGGGCGGGGUGAAUGGAAAGACAAAAUCAGUUCUCAGUUUGAUCGCUUGGUUGCCUUUGCAUCCACUGAGUUGGAUAAAAGAAGACGAAGCACAGAAGGUGCGUCUCCUCGUGCCGGCGAAACAACCGCAAGCUGCAACACCAGCCCAGACAGCGGGAUCGGACAUGGCGAGCCGUUGCCUCCGGCCUUGAGCAAAAUGCCCAGGCUGUUCAAAACUCCACCUGCCAAGGCGUCUCCUGGAAGAGACUCUCCUCCAGUGCUUGACGUACCGCAACCUCACCCCCAUGCUGCCGAAAGAGAAAGGGAACGGGCGGACGUUCCUAGGACUCCAUCUCCAUCUUCGCCUGUUCCAAAUGCUGCUUUCAGCCCAGCGCCCCUGGAUGGACCUUACAGCCCUGUGAAUGCUGCAUUGCCAGGCCACAGUAAAGACAAACCUGCCUCUUCUAAUGCUACUUCCGUACCUUUAAAAUAUCAACGUAGUGGUAGUGAAUCCUCAUCAUCUCAGCAUUUCAAGAAGAAGUUCUUCCACCACAGAGAUUCAUGGAGCUCUUCCAGUUCUUCAUCCCAGCCAAAUAAUGGGCACAAUCCUGUACAUAAUUCUGCUCCUGGUAGUUCCAACACAUGGCACCACAAGGUCAAAUUCCGUCCUAAGGGCAAGGAUUGGAAUUGGUGUGCUGGAGGUAGCAAUGAAGAACAAUCGUACCGUGAAAGAGAUCAAAGAGAUCAACGAGAUCAAAGAGACCAGAGGGAUCAUAGGGAUCAGAGAGAUAGAGACCAUAGACGGGAGAGAGAUCACAGGCCCUAUCACCAGAAUCUACCGCACCGUUACCGCACGUGGGAUGGGUAUCACGAUAGCCAAAACCAUCCCCAAGGUAAUUAUUGAUAUAUUUUAAAGGAAUUUUUGUAAGAGGUUCUUUUAUUGUGUUGUCGGCAAUGCCAUGUUAAGUCUUGUCAUCUGGUCAGACCUGACAGUAAGAGGGCCCUUGCAAAUUUACCAGUUCCUGUUUGGUGCUGUGACAGCAGUGUCCCUUCUAACUGCCUAAAUUGUUUACCCAAAUCUUUCCUGUUAGUCGAAUUAUUUAUUAAGCUUGGAGCUUAGAUUAUAGUCUAAUGUUAUAGAAGUUUUACUUCAUGAAUAAAUCUAGCAAAGUUAGUGUGUACUAGGAUGUAGUGUACCGUAUUGAUUACACUGUGUGCAUCUUGCUGUACAUUUCAUUUAGUACACCACAUUGAUAAUGUAGGAAGCAUCUGUAUGUGAACCUGUCAGGUUUGCUGUGGUCCUUCUCAUGGUUGGUUAUUUAUUUAUUAAUAAAUUAAUAAGAAAUGAAGACUUACCCCAGCUUAGAACCAUUACUGAUAUUCUUUGGUAUGGCUGCUUGUAUAUUUAUUGGAAUCCUGUUGAGGAAAUCUAUUUAUUUUUCUCAGCCUCUUAUUCUAAAAUUCUAUUCUGCACUAGGGAAUUCAUGCAAUUUAUCCUGAUAUAAAAUAUAAAUUUGUAGAUAAAUAUGUGUAAUAAUAUGUAUAUGAGUGUAUAUAGAAAUGUAUAUACCCUUGUCACAUUAUCAUUAUUGUUGAUUUUUUUUGUUGUCAUAUUUGACAAAAGGGUUGUUGUUAUAAUGUUUUUUGAAACAAUUUAAUGAUAUGCAGCUCUGUAUUUGUUCAGUUCUCUAUUGACACUCUUUGGCCUAAUCGACCUCAAUCAUUGGUUAAGCUACUUGUUUUUGCAGAGUAUGAAAUCACUGCCAUUUCUUGUAGACUUGAAUGCAUCAUUCCCCCUUCCUGUUAUAAAAAUGUAAGGCGGUAAUGAAUAACAAUGACAGUAGCUCUAGUAUGCAGAACAGUCCAGUGAUCUUUUUGAUCAAUUUGCAUUGACAUACUGUUUCCAAAGUGUAGCCCAUAUGAAAGUUAAGCUUAGUGGAAAUUAGAUCAAACUACUUUUGGCAGUCUCACUAAGAGAAUGAAAAUUUGUUUGCUAUACUUGUAAUGUUGCUUCUGUUUGCAUUUCUUCCUAUUUAGGUACCUCUUGUUUUAUGUUCAUGACAACUUAACCAUUGAUUAUUCCUGAUUUACCAUGAUGUUUUUACUGCACAUUUCUUUUUUUAGUCGCUCUUUCCUCAGUAUUGUUUAUUGAUUGAAUUUGAAACAAUUAACCUCAAAAAAUUAGGCAUAUCUUGUAUGAACCACCACUUAAUUCAAGUUGGUGUGUUCAUUUCUCGAAUGCCUCAGUGAAUGGCAUUUUGUCUGCUCACCACUAAUUUGCUCAUAAAAAAUAAAUUGGACUGUAUAGUUGGUUUAGGACUACAGCACUUUCUUCUUAAAAUUAUUUUGCACUCAAUGUAAUCUUUUUUGUAGGUAAAUUGUACUGACUAUUGGGAAAGCCUUUCGGUUAUGUGUACUUGACUUUUAUAUUCAUAUUAGCUGGAUGAUGGUGGCAAUUAAGUGACCUAAAUGAUGUCCAUAAUUUAAGAUUGGUUGAAAACUGCUUUGUGUAUCUGUGAUGUUAUGAUGUUUCCCAACUGUUCUAUGGGGGCCUUAACUCGCCAAUUCUGUAGAGGGAAGAAAUGCACACAUUUGAAGUGCUUAAAUUUGCAUGGCUACACAUCAGCCAACUCCAAAAUUGUUGAUUGAUUAUUCUUUUUACUUUAUUUCUUAUUAUGUAAUCCUGGACGUUGCUGCAUUCUGUUUAAUGAACACAAUUUUGUUGUCCAAAUAGUUUAAUUUCAACUAUGGUUGUUUUUGGGAAGAAUGCUGCUUAGCACUUGUUGGUUUUUAGGUUUUAUUUAUUUGUACAUUUGUUAUGUGAGAUUGUUUUACUUGAAGUUUUAUUUGUUUUGUGCAAUCAAAGUACAAAGUUUGUAUUACUAUUAGUAAACUUUGGCUCAAAUUAAUCAGCCAUCAGUAACCUUCAGUUGAAAAAAUAAAUCAGUUAUUUGGUCGUUCCUCUUUACUCAAGGUCUCUUGCAAAUGUGACUGACGAUUAUCAAUCAAUCCCUACAAUGAGCAAGUCUUAAUUUUUGCUUAGCGUGCGCUUGACUGUCACUGAAUCUGAUUUUGACAACGAUUAAUGCCAAUGAUGUUUUCUGGUGAGACAACUCAAGUAUGUUGACACCUAACUAAACCAGAAAGAAAAAGGAAAGAAACACAGAUGAUCAGAAUGUCUGGUUCCAAAGUUUAACUAGUUGUAUCAGGGUUACUUUAUGUUUUCCUGUACUUCCCACAAUUUCUUUUUAUAUUGUUGCUUUUUCUUUUCUCUUGUUUUCAUGGUAAAUGUAAUCAUGGUAUUUAUCUUUCUACAUCUAAAACAGCCUGUGACCACAAUUUCUGUAUUGAUGUCUGUUUUUACAUCUUUCUUUUUUUGCAUUAAAUUAUGAUUUGUUCCAAAGUCCUACAAUGCAAGUUAACAAUCAUUUUGUUGUGUACAUGUUAGUUGCACUUCCUACUUUUUUUUUGUUUUUGUGGCUAACUGAACUCACUGCCAUUAUUGAGGGGGAAAGGCCGACUGAGCAGCGUAAUGAUGUUGUUGUGUAUUGUUACUGUUUUAGUGUUAAUUAUUUUCUUGAUCACAGAUCGCUGCCUGUUAUAGUUUAUGUUUAAUUUAAGGUACCUGUUAACAUGUUCCCUCUUUUAUAAUUUUUACUUUCAAAUUUUAUGUCUUUAAUUUAUCCCUGAUUGUAUGUUCACCUAUCUUGGAUCUCACUGACAGUAUUGCGGUUGUUACCAUGCUGCUGACCUCCAAAUUUUGAAGUCUUAUAACCUGCCAAAUGUUUGUAAAUGUGUAAUAAAGAAAAUUGGAUAGCA